AUCGCUUUUAAGUAGUAUUCAGUAUUUUAUUCAAUAUUACACUCAUCUCUAGACACACGUCAAAGAAGAAGAAUUUGCUUGUCAUUUCGGUGUUUCGUUCAACUGUUAACCGCAGCAAAAAUUGCAAUUGUCACGAAUAUAUUUUAAGGAAAACACAAGCAUAGUACGCUGUGCAUAAGAAAUCCCCAACAGUAAAAAUCAAGCCACUAAAUCAAAAUGCCGUCGCUGGAGGUUAGCGUAAACAAAGUGAUUGUCCACCCGCUGGUUCUGUUGUCGGUCGUGGAUCACUUUAAUCGCAUGGGCAAAAUUGGCAACCAGAAGCGCGUCGUUGGCGUGCUUCUUGGCUGCUGGCGUUCCAAGGGUGUGCUAGAUGUCUCUAACAGUUUUGCGGUUCCAUUUGAUGAGGAUGACAAAGACAAGUCAGUGUGGUUCUUGGAUCAUGAUUAUUUGGAGAACAUGUAUGGCAUGUUCAAAAAGGUUAAUGCACGCGAGCGAGUUGUGGGCUGGUAUCAUACUGGACCGAAACUGCACCAGAAUGAUAUAGCAAUAAACGAGCUGAUUCGCCGUUACUGUCCAAACUCUGUACUAGUCAUCAUAGAUGCCAAGCCAAAGGAUCUGGGUCUUCCGACGGAAGCAUACAUAUCUGUUGAAGAGGUGCAUGACGAUGGCUCUCCCACUAGCAAAACCUUCGAGCAUGUACCAAGUGAAAUUGGCGCCGAAGAGGCCGAGGAAGUGGGCGUUGAGCAUUUGCUGCGCGAUAUUAAAGACACCACCGUCGGAAGCCUAUCCCAGAAAAUCACCAACCAGCUAAUGGGUCUCAAAGGCCUGAAUGCACAAUUGCGUGAUAUCAAACAGUAUCUACAGCGUGUCGGCGAUGGCAAGAUGCCCAUUAACCAUCAGAUUGUCUACCAACUGCAGGAUAUUUUUAACCUUCUGCCGGACAUAACCAACGAUCAGUUCACGGGUACCAUGUACGUGAAGACCAAUGAUCAGAUGCUGGUCGUCUAUUUAGCUUCUAUGGUCCGUUCGAUAAUUGCUCUGCAUAAUUUAAUUAAUAACAAAUUGGCAAAUCGCGAUGCGGAGGAGGGCAAGAAGAUAGUUGAGAGUGAUGGCAAGGAUAAGAAUAAGGAUAGCAAGGAUAAAGAGAACAAGGACACUAAAGAUAAGGAUGCCAGCAAGGACAAGAAAGCUGAUGAGAAGUCCGACAAGAGCAAGGACGAGUGCUGUAAGAGUAGCAAAAAAUAGGAGCGAAAGAAAAAACGAAAAUCACGUCGCAAACGAAAAAAGCAGCCGCCAGAGCCAUAAACGGCAUUAGAAAAACAUCUAUAAUAGAAGCAGCAGACAACAACUACAAGAUCAGGAACAUAUUUUUGGCCAGCUUAGUGGGAGCUGUGAAACAUGUCAACAAAUGUCGAAAAGAAUAAUAGCAUACUUAAUUCCUCUUCAUAAAACUACAUAAAUAUAUCGUACCUAGUUAUAUAAAUAUAUAUAAAUAAACGAAGCCAGAUCCUCUUUAACUAUUUUGUAUAGCUAAGUACGCUAAUCAGUAACCCAAGCAAGUUGAUGUAAUUAAAAUU